AUGCUUAUUCUUUUUCAUUAUCUUUUCAUUAUUUUAAAAUUCUUUUUCUUAUUUUCUUUUUCUCUUCUUAUUCCUCAUUUCUUUAUUUCAUUUUUCCCUCUCUCACUUUUUACUAUCUUUUCCUUUCCUCUUUCUCUCAUUUUCUUAUUCCUUUAUUUUAUUUCUUCUCUCUCUCUCUCUUUACAUUUUUUUUUAUCCUUUUCUGUAUUUCAUUUUCAUUUCUCUCACUUUUACUGUUUUUUGUUUCUCUUUCCCCUCUCUUUCUAUUUCUCCUUUUGUUUUUCCUUAAACCAUGCUCUGAUAUACCAAUUUUCCUUCCUUCUUCCCAAUGUGUUUUCCUUCAUCCUGUCUUUUUCCUUUCUUUAUGCUUUUUCUUUCCUCCCUCCGUUUUUUUCUUUACACUUGUCAUCUCUCCCUUUUUCCUUUCUUUACACUUUCCUCCUUUUUUCCUUUCUUUACGCUCGUUCUCCUUUUUUCCUUCUUUUACGCUUUUUCCUCCCUUUUUUCCUCUCUUUACGCAUUUUCCUCCCUUUUUUCUUUCUUUACUCAUUUUCCUCCUUUUUUCCUUUCUUUACGCUUUUUCCUUUCUCCUCCUUUUUCCUUUCUUUACGCAUUUUCCUCCCUUUUUUCUUUCUUUACUCAUUUUCCUCCUUUUUUCCUUUCUUUACGCUUUUUCCUUUCUCCCUCUCUUUUUUCCUUUCUUUACACAUCUUCCUCCCUUUUUUCCUCUCUUUACGCAUUUUCCUCCCUUUCUUCCUUUCUUUACGCUUUUUCCUUUCUCCCUCUCUUUUUUCCUUUCUUUACACAUCUUCCUCCCUUUUUCCUUUCUUUUACUCAUUUUCUCCUUUCUUCCUUUCUUUACGCUUUUUCCUUUCUCCCUCUCUUUUUUCCUUUCUUUACACUUUUUCUUCCUCCAUUCUUUAUGCUUUUUUCUUCUCUCCAUUUUCCUUUCUUUAUGCUUCCUCUUUGUUUUUCUUUACACUUUUCCUACCUUUUUUCUUUACACUUUCUUUUCCUUUCUUUAUGCUUCCCCUUCCGCCAUUCUUCUUCCUUUCUGCUUUUUCUUUCCCCUAUUUUUUCUUAAUAUCUAACACCUUUUGCUUUCUUUCCUCAGCAUUACCUCCCAUUAUCAGUGUUCUGUUUUCUUUCAUUCUUUCUUCCCCAUUUUUUUUAUUUGCAUUUAUAUUUAUUAGUACUUUUUUAUUUUUUUCUUCAGUUUUUAUUUUUCCUUGUUUUCUUUCAUUCCUCUCUUAUUCCCUAUUGAUUUUACUUCAUUCAUCACUUUUCUUUCUUUCCCCCUCUCUCAUCUGCUUUUAUGUAUAUCUGCCUGACCACUGA